CAAAGACAGACAAACCACAUCGCUAUCCAGGAACUGGUCGACUGCAUUGAAUACCUUGGAGCAAUGCGCAGGUCGUAAGCUACUCUCGUGCCACUGUGCUCGUGCACACCAUGGCGCGGUGGAUACUAGUGCAAGGAAUUUCCCCAGGACUGUACAGACAGAAACGCUGCAUAUCCGAUAGGCAUAGAUCGUCUGGCAAUUAGACGCAACCAUGUCUCUCACUUUCAAGCUCCUCUCGCUGGCCAUCAGAACUGCUGCAAAGCCCAUCGGAAAUUACAUCAAACGACAAGCGAAGGAACAUGAGGGGUUCAGGGUGUUUGCCGUCAAUCAGGCACAGCGGGUCCAUCGGAUCGAUAUGCGGAUGAGACUGGGCAUAUUGCAUGAUCCCGAUGCGCAACAGCGAAUGCAUGACAGGGAGCAACGGCUUGCGGAGGAGAGGAAAAGAAAGGCGGAGCAGCCGACUGUACGCACAGAGCUGGAGCAGAAAAAGCAUGACGAACAGAAAGCGAAAGAGGCCGCAGACUCUGCGGCGGGGAAGCCCAAAGAAGAGCAGCAGAAGCCAUUGAAACCUAAGAUUCGUCCGCUUUCAGAAGCGAGAGCCAUCGAACUGGGCGCCAAUUUCUUCUCCGAAGCCUUCAUCUUCAUGGUCGCGGUCAGCCUGCUCCUUGCCGAGAACUAUCGCAGGUCAGCCAAGGAGAGCGAUCGACGAGACGAGGUCGCGGAACGAUUGGAAGAGUUGGAGGCUACAGUGCUGGAGCUGAGGAGCAAGAUUGAUCCCAAUCUCGAGACACUCAACCAGCUGCACGAGCGGGAGGAGGAAGCAAGAGAGAAGAAGAAGCAGACCACGGGCUGGUUGAAUCCCCGAGGCUGGAUUGGCACUAAAGAAGGCGAACAAGAAGAUGCUACAACCGAGCGGGAUGCCAAGGUUGACUAUAGGAAGCUCCAGAAAGAGGCGGAAGAGAGAGUGCAGCGGAUAGCGAAACAGCGGGAGGAAGCCAAGGCGGCGAAAGAAGCAGCGAAAGAGUAUGAGAAGAAGGGUAUCAUCGAGAGGGCAUUCGACAAAAAGUCGCCAGACCACAAAGAGGGAGCUGAGCAACAACCACCGACGCGUGUGGAUACAGUGGAGGCAUCUGGGAAAGGAAGAUGAUGUGUAGAAAUAUGGACUCGCAACUCUGUUCACAACUAACGAUACCCCGCUACUUGUAUAUUUGUUACCAUUAGACGAUAGAUGCUCGCCACAGGCAAUAACGGCUGGCGCGCUCCACUUCCGACUCUCUCAGGGAAGGAGCGAUGUACGAACAGUUCUAUUACAAAAAGCCGUUUACCUGCC